AUGAUUAAGUUUUGGUGCCUGGCCCUAGGGGCUGCUUACUUUACCAACGCCCUGACACUGGAGAAGAAGGAUCUGCCUUCUGUGCUAGAGGUCCCUUUCGAGAGCGGGCGGUUCGCAGGUGCUCACCAUCAUGAUCGCCGUGGGAAGAGGGAUCAUACCGUUAAGUUAGAGUUUUACGGGAAUGACUUCUUCUACGCUAACAUAUCUGUCGGAAACCCACCACAGAAAUUGAAAGCUCAGUUCUCGACUCUUGAUGACAGCAGCUGGGUGGUGGUGAGCGAUAACAAAGAGUUAGCAAAACCAAUAGAGCAGGGAAUUCUUGAUGGGUAUAAUGCGAACGCUUCAACUAGCAGCCGAUCAGUAAAGACACAUGCCACUGUUGACGGGUUCGAUCAGGAUGAGGUGGGAAAUAUUGAUAUAAUGUCAGAUACGAUGAUCGUUAGGGAUGUAAAACUAGAAGCCAUAAGAUUUGCUACUCUACGUGAGAAAGCCGCAAUAGGUGAUACACUCGGCCUAGGAUAUGGCAAUGGUAACUCGGAAUUUAUCUCUGUUACCCAGGCAUUGGUCGAUGCGAAAGCUAUCCAAUCCCCUGCUUUCAGCAUGUGGAUGGAGGAGAACCAUGAUCAGACCUAUAUUCCCGGCACCAUCCUCUUCGGCGGCGUGAACAAGGCCAAGUAUGUCGAUAAACUCCAUACGUUGCCGGUCAUAUCUCCUCCAGACCUCAGCAAGUUGUUCCGGGUCAAUCUUACCGGAUUGUCCGUGGGAACAGGCUCCACCACGAAGUCCGUAUCGCCAGAUUUUUUUUCCAUCGGGGCUGUCUUUUCUUCCGCGACUGAUUUCAUCGGUUUCCCGAAAGCGAUCACGCAAGACCUGUUUUCCCAACUUAACGUCACAAUGUUUUAUGAAAAUGGCCAGCCGAUGUUUCCUUGUGACAAACCACCCGAGAACAAGAUGCUAGCAUUCCAUUUCGGCGACGUAGCUUUCAACUUCUCCCUCGACCCAUUCAUAGCAGAGGCUCCCUCGACCACAGACCCUAAACAGCACGAGGAGGGUUACUGCUACCUAAGCUUUUUGACGAUCGAACCUGAACGUAGUAAGGAACUUGGCGGUGCCAUAAUUGGAGCCAAUUUCCUCAAAUUGGUAUACACAGUCUUUGACAUGAAGAAUGACGAAGUCUCUCUGGCCCAAAGAUGCUGGGAGAAAGCGCCUGAUGAGAUCAUGGAGAUCAGAUCAGGGAAGGACGGCGUCCCGGAUCGUACAACACAAGAGAAAGAUAAGGCGAACACGGCAGACAAGCCCAAAAAGACAGACGAAUCUACAGGAUCGAAUCUGAAAUCAGGCAAUGGGCUGAAAGCCGUCAUAGCGGCGGGAACCGUCUUGAUGGUUGCCCUAAUUUGGGGUUGA